AUGUUUUGUUCAUUAGGUGUCAUCAAGUCAAGCUAUUCAAGCGCCUUGACCCCGAACAGCAAUACGUUUUUGCGUCCAGGCGGCUCAGCAGUCACGUACUACUUUGUAGUCAAUCAAGUGACGGCUUCAACUAGUGACAGUUACACGUUUGUGGCCGAUAUUGGUAUCGACACCUAUGAUUGUCUCAACCGGAGUAAUCCAUCUUCGAAAUUAAUUGCGUGUAACGAUAACGGCGCCUCGGGACGGAAUUUUAUGCUUGAAACAUUAAUGGCAGGUCAAACCGUGAUUCUGGUUGUUACAACAUUCAGCGCUUUAGAAACAGCACCAUUCAACGUUACAGUCUACGGUCCCGGUUCUGUGACUUUUACAGGGAUAACCAUGGCGAUCGCGCUGAAAUCUAUGUCUGAUGGUAAAUUCGUAACAGCAGAGGACGCUGGCAAUGGACCUUUGAUCGCACGAGGGGAUGUAAUCAAUGGAUGGGAAAGAUUUGAACUAAUUCGUCUAGACGGCGGUAAAAUAGCUUUAUAA